UGGUACUGAAUGUGCAUCAAAGUUUUCCUAUGGAGCCAAAUAUACCAAAAGAUAAAUGUAAACAACAGAAGAAGCGAUCGAAAUGUGUAUUUCCUGGUUAUCCGUGGCUCCUCAAAGUACACGCCCCUGACACAUUCCUGCCGUUAUAGAAUGUCACGAGUUCCCCGGUGUCACCAGUUAAACGGUAACACCGGCUCCUUCGCGACCGACACAUCACUACUUCCAACGCUCAUACUGCAGCCCCUCCCUCUCCCACUGCUACCAUGGUAACACUCUGAUACUCGCCCGCACCACUCUGAGAUUCGCACAGAGUAGACAGCAGUCAGCAGCAGGUUGCAGCAGGUUGCAGCAAAACGUUUCUUUCUACUGACUGGACUGGAGUUGACAAAAAUCCACCAGACUUCUAGAAGUUCAAUUUGGAUUGAGACAGGGAAAUAAUCUAAACCUCACGCGUGGCCCCGCCCUCUUCUCCCAGCUGACUGAACACCUGACCAAUGAGCUCGCAAAGGCCCCGCCCGUUUCCAUGGCGAGGACGUACAUCCAGUGCCUAGCAACCGUCAGUCAUCAGGGCGGCCAUCGAGUCGCUGUCCAAAGGAGAUGUUGCCACGGUGACAAAGCUUUGCCUUAAGUUCAUGACCUUUGACCCGAACUAUGACGAUGAAGAGGAGGAGGAAGACAGCAUGGACGUGGAGGAAGGGCUGGAGGAAGAGUCAGACGAUGAGUACAGUGACGAUGACGAUAUGAGCUGGAAGGUGCGUCGCUCCUCCAUCAAGUGUCUGGAGUCUCUGAUCGCGACGCGGCGGGACCUCCUGCUGAGCUUCUUCUCCUCCGUCUGCCCCGCCCUGCUGGCCCGCUUCAAGGAGCGUGAGGAGAACGUGAGGGCGGACGUGUUCAGCGCCUUCUCCUCGCUGCUCAGACAGACCCGAGGGGGAACCAGCCUGCAGGGAAACAUGAGGCCCGGGGGGGAGGAGCCGGCCCUCACACUGCUGAAGACACAGCUGUCCAAAGGAGAUGUUGCCACGGUGACAAAGCUUUGCCUUAAGUUCAUGACCUUUGACCCGAACUACAACUAUGACGAUGAAGAGGAGGAGGAAGACAGCAUGGACGUGGAGGAAGGGCUGGAGGAAGAGUCAGACGAUGAGUACAGUGACGAUGACGAUAUGAGCUGGAAGGUGCGUCGCUCCUCCAUCAAGUGUCUGGAAGUCUCUGAUCGCGACGCGGCGGGACCUCCUGCUGAGCUUCUUCUCCUCCGUCUGCCCCGCCCUGCUGGCCCGCUUCAAGGAGCGCGAGGAGAACGUGAGGGCGGACGUGUUCAGCGCCUUCUCCUCGCUGCUCAGACAGACCCGAGGGGGAACCAGCCUGCAGGGAAACAUGAGGCCCGGGGGGGAGGAGCCGGCCCUCACACUGCUGAAGACACAGUUCAAUUUGGAUUGAGACAGGGAAAUAAUCUAAACCUCACGCGUGGCCCCGCCCUCUUCUCCCAGCUGACUGAACACCUGACCAAUGAGCUCGCAAAGGCCCCGCCCGUUUCCAUGGCGAGGACGUACAUCCAGUGCCUAGCAACCGUCAGUCAUCAGGGCGGCCAUCAAGUCGAAACUCUCCACCCUUCAAAGGGUCUCACACACUCUUGUGGGUGUGUGUAA